UUUUUUUUUGUUUUUUUUUGUUUUUGUUUUUAAUCUCGAAACCUGUCAAAACCAAUCGCUAUAUUUGUUUUUACCUAAAAAAAAAAAAAAAAAAACGAAAAUGCUCAAGUUCCAACUCGCUACAGCGGAAGAUAUUAAGAACGCUGCUACUAUUGAAAGAAGAAGACAAAUUGAAGAAAUAAGAAAAUCCCGAAUCUUCAAUCCUCGGAUACGUAAAAUUGGGGUUGACAAAGAAUUCUUAGAUAAGCAAAUUGAAGAAAAAAAAUAUCAACGAGAUGCCGAUAAAGCAAAAGAAGAACAAAUGGACCAGGCACUUGUUCAAAGCAGCAAAAUUGCAAUUAUUUUGGAAAAAAAAGAAGAGGAGGAAAGAAGAAAACUUUUGAAGGAAAUCAACACAUAUCGACAAGUUUGUCAACGAUCAGAAGAUCGUCGAGACUAUGAUCUUUAUGAUCCGAAUGGAUUGAAAAAAACUCCACAAGAAAAUAUUGUUUGCGGUGAUACACGAUAUGGUUUAGCAUCUGCACAAGUGUUCGAAGGAGAAGACUGCAAUAAGAUGCAGCGUUUGAAGGAGCAAAAAGAGCAAAUGCAAUCGUGGGUAAUGCAACAAAUGAACGAACGUCGAGCUGCUGAAAAGGAGAGUCGCGACGCUGAGAAAGCUUAUCAAGAUGCAGUAGUUGCCCGAGAUAAACGUGCAAUUGCACUUGAGCUUAUGGAAGAAGAAUGUCGUCGAAGACUGAGAGAAGCUACAGCAAAAUUUAAUAAAGCUCUCGCGGAGGAACAAGAAUACCGAAGGCGUUGUGAGGAAAUUCAGGAUGAUGAAGAUAAGCGAGCUGAAAUAUAUAAUCAUGUUACUGGUGAUUUUCUCACUGAGGCAAAGGAACAAGCCGAAAGUAAUCGUGGACCAAACAAACCUUUGGCCUCCAGAUAUAAGGGGAUGACCUCCGAGGAAUUAAAAACAUAUCGCGACGAACAAUUGCGACAAAUCGAAGAAAUCCAGAAAAUAAAAUUUGCCGAAAAGCAAAGAAAUGAUGAUUGGAAUCGCCAAAUGUCAGGAAAUGCUCGUACUGCAGAAACCUAUUAUCGUGAAUUAGAACGAAAAAAAGCACAACUGAAUAAGCAAAUUGCUGAAGAAAAUCUUCAACUUGCCGAACAACAAAAAUCUCAACAGAAAUAUUUAAAUCGUAUCAUAUAUAAGAAUAAAUCAACUCCGGAAUUUUUUUCACAAUUCAAUAAGAGUACACGUUAAAAAUAAUUUUCAAAAUAAAUUUGUUUUAAUUAAUAUUAAAUUAAAAAUUUGUUUUUAAAGAAUGCUGAAAAUAAUUAAAGAGGAACAGUUUCAUAAAUAAAAAGAUAAAUCUAUGUACAGAAAUGUUUUAUUCUUAAAUUAUGCACAAAUUGCAAUCAAUACAAAUGUAUCUGAAACAAGCAAGUUGGGGGAUAUCUCAGUUUUUCUUUUUUGUCUGCCACGUAAUUUUUUUUUCUUUUUUUAAUCGGAUGUUACGGCAGCAAUUAGUAUGUGUCAUUAAGUUUUUGCAUUGAAUCGUUUUCGGCUUUAUUUUUUUAAAUAUUGUUUUUAAAAAAAUUUGCACACUUUGAUUCACAAAAAAGACACGUCAAUUAAGUUGUUGUCAUAUCCGGAAGAAAAGACUCGUCAGUUUUAAAUCGAUUAAAUCAAUUUAAAACCGCUUUAUCGUAUCUAUUUUUAAUAGCUUAGUAUAGUAAAGCUAGUUUAUUUGUUCAGACAUCCACAUUAUUUUUUUUUUUUUUUAUGUUUUUUUGACUAAGUAGUAUUAUAGUAAUAAAGGUAUGAGCUAAGUUCUGCACUUCAGCUAGAUAUCAUAAAACAUGUAUCAUUCCUUCUCUCUGGCACAUCAUACAUUGGUAUUACUAAGUAUACGUUUACCGUUUUUUUUCAUCAUAUAUAAAUCAUGUGAAACAAUGCAGAAACGAAUUGUAUAUAAAAAGAAAUCUAUUAUUCGUUAUAAUUAGAUUAUAUAUCGUAGUUACAGAAAAAAAGGAAUGAAACUAAAUUAGUGAAAAAAAAAAUGGGGAAUAAAAAGAAAUAUUAAUCGCUGGUGCACACUUUUUGGGUGUGUGAAUCAAAAUCUUUCGAAGGAAAAAAAAACAAAAUAAGCCAGUUCAGCGCUCUUCAUGAUAGUACAAUUAUUAAUUAGCACUCAAUUAUUGAAACAUAAAAAUCUAGUCUUGUUAAGUAACUCUAUGAGUAAUCAUAAACCAAAAAAAAAGAAA